AUGUCUGAGCCUGCGGCAGUAGAGCAGCAAUCCCAGCGGGUCGAUGAGACUCCAAUUUCACCUAUCAGACCAGAUGCAGCCAGGAAGCACUCGCUUGAGAAUCAUCUGAUGCACCGACCUAAUCGUGCGGAGCUCGUUGAAAAGAACAUCCUACCGGCAUCAUCUGCCGCACCAGGCCUUCUCGCACACCAGAAAGAGCUGGAAAGAAGUAUGCUCGAGGACAAACUUAAUGACAAGAUUUCUCACCGCCCGAGUCCAGAAGCCCUGGUUAAGGGCGGUGUCUUGCAUGAAGAUCCACGAACUGCGGACCAACAAUAUGAGGAAGCAAUUGAAGACGAGUAUGCGAAGUGUGAGGGUGGCGCUUAA